UACUAUCAUCAGGAGGCGAGUUGUAUUCGCAGACGUCUUCUCAUCGGGUUUCUUCCUCUUCGGCCGAAAGCCACCCAAUUGAUCAUCUCGGCUCGGAUUACUGAGAAGCAAUGUCGGAAAAGGGGGGGAAAGGGUUCAAAUCUUCUCUCAAGUCCACUCCUUCCAAACAUGGAUCGUCAGGAGGGAAGGACGACAAUGCCAAGAGGGGAAAGAAAGUUCAGUUUGAACCCAAAGGCUCAACCGAACCUAGAUAUAAGGUUCUCAAUGGAUCCGAUGACCAUUUUCGGAGAUUUGCUGCUAAUGGUGGAAAGGUGGACAAAGGUGGAAAGGCUGGCAAAACGUCUCUGCCACUCGAGCUCAAAGCCGACAAGGAGCUCCCAGAGAAUGCCAAGUGCUUGAUGGACUGUGAAGCUGCUCAAAUAUUAGAAGGCAUCCAGGACCAGAUGGUCGUGUUAUCCGAAGAUCCCACUAUUAAAAUACCUGUAUCAUUCGACAGAGGAUUGCAGUAUGCUAAAAAUGGUAGCUAUUACACAAACCCUUUGUCCGUCAGACCCCUCCUUGACAGGUGUCUGAAAAAGCAUGGUGUCUCUGAUGGUGAGAUGUGUGUGAUUGCAAAUGUCUGUCCGGAGAGUAUGGAUGAAGUGUUUGCUCUUGUUCCAUCAUUGAAGGGUAAAAGAGACUUGAUUAGCCAACCCCUACAAGAUGCAUUAACAGAGCUAUGGAAGCUUAAAAGAUCAAGAUGAGGGAGGCAUAUCCGUCUUCUUACUGCUGAGUGCGGUCGUUAUCAAUGUUAGGUGCCGACCUGAAUAUUUCAUUAUCAAUGUUGCUCUGUAUAGCUUAAGUUCUAAAGCAAAUUAGUGCGGUGGAUGACAAAAUCUCGUGCCUUUGACUUCAAUUUUCUCUCUGAAAUAUGAAUCGGAAAGGGUAAUUGCAAAUA